AUGCUUCGUAAAGAAAGUAUAGUUAAAAUUUAUUCUAUACAUUUAAUGGAUUGAAGAUUUCCAAUUCGCGCUUUCACUUAUAAAAAUAUCAAAAUGACCUAAGGUAAUAUUUCCACAGGGGUGAAAAUGACUACGUGCCCUUUUUCCACGGCUGGUCAAAAAAUGGAACGACACAGGUACAUGUAAAUGUUUGUCAUUUAUUGAAGAAGGAUAUCGGCCUUUGAAAAUUGAUGGGUUAAGUCUAGCACUGUUGAGACCGACAGUGGUAGAUAUUCGAACUGUAAGCACUGACAGAGAGUGGAGACUUCAACGGAUAUUCGUGGGAUUUUUAGGAGAAUAUGGUACUGAAGGUGGCCGUGAUCGUUUUAAUCCUUGCUGUAGCAGUGGUGUAUUUCACAAAGAACAGAAACAAUACAGAUGAACAGAUCUUAUUAAAUUCGUCCUAUGAUUACAUCAUACUGGGAGCAGGAUCAGCGGGAUGUGUUCUUGCGAACAGAUUGUCAGAGAAUCCGGAAUCCUCAGUACUUAUCCUAGAAGCCGGUGGUUCCGAACUUGAAAAUAUCAAUAUAAGUAUCCCAUUAGCCUCCGGAAGUGUGCAGUUAUCAAAGGAAGACUGGAUGUUCAGAAGCGUUCCUCAGAAGAAGGCGUGUUUGGCAAUGCGUGAUAAGCGAUGUGGGUGGCCACGCGGAAGAGUCCUUGGUGGAACUAGUAACCUGAACUAUCUGCAAUAUAUCCGCGGCAGUCGCCAUGACUACGAUGGUUGGGCAAGAGAGGGGUGUGCAGGAUGGGGCUAUAGAGACGUACUCCCAUAUUUCAUUAAAUCAGAGGAUGUGCAGAUUCCAGAACUUCAAAAGUCGGAAUAUCAUGGAAAAGGAGGUUAUUUGUCAAUCAGUGACGGCACUGCCACGCCCCUCAAUGAGAAAGUUUAUGCCCGAGCAAUGGCGGAACUCGGAUACCCCACUACAGACUGUAAUGGCAAAUCACAAAUAGGUUAUUGCCCGUCUCAGGAAACGGUAAAGAACGGAGAGCGUUGUAGUACUGUUAAAGCCUUCCUAAGACCCGUCAUGGGACGCAAGAACCUUCACGUCUCCAUGAACUCCCAUGUUACAAAGAUUCUGAUCAAAGACAAGAAGGCAGUGGGUGUUACGUUUGUGAAAGACAACAAGAAGCACGUGAUCGUGGCAAACAAAGAGGUUAUAGUAUCUGCUGGAGCUGUUAGCACACCCCAGAUCCUGAUGCUCUCUGGAAUAGGACCGAAGGAACAUCUAAAAUCAAAGGGGAUCCCCGUGAUUGCUGAUCUGCCUGUUGGUGAUAAUUUACAGGACCAUAUAAUGACAUUCAUAGAUUUCCAUGACAAUUCCUCAAGUGUGGCAAGCCUAGCCACGAUUUCGUCACCCAUAACAAUCUUACAAUAUUUAGCAAUGAAGUCAGGUAGUUUGAGCAAGACUCAUCUGGAGGGCACGGCGUUCCUCACGGACAACAAGAAGCUUCCUCCGCAUUUACAGUUUCACUUCUUCAGCAUUUCUUACGUUCCAGAAAUCACCCAGGAAUAUAUAGAUAACCUUAAUCUAGAUCCAAAGUUAAAAGAGGGCAAAGAAAAGGAAUUUCAAGAGAGGAAAGACAAAAAUAUAGGAACAUUUGUCGUGCUACCGAUUCUUCUCCAUCCCAAGAGUAAAGGGACCAUACGCCUUCAGAGUGAUGAUCCAUUUGAUCCGCCACUCAUAGAUCCAAACUACCUUGAUCACCCAGACGACAUAAAGACGUUCUUGAGGGGAGUACGAGAAAGUCUUCGUCUAGGUGACACUAAAGCUUUUCAAUCAAUUGGUGCAUCACCACAGGAUCCUUUGGAGGCAUACGCUCCCCAAUGUGAUGACUUACCUCGAGAUUCAGACGAGUACUGGGUUUGCAGACUAAGGCAUUACACUUUCACAGUCUAUCACCCGACCUCGACUUGUCGAAUGGGAGCCAAAGAUGAUCCCACAGCGGUGGUUGAUCCUGAACUCAGAGUUAGAGGAAUCCCAAAUAUACGGGUUGUCGAUGCUUCCGUCAUGCGCAAUGUUCCUUCCGGAAAUACGAACGCUCCAACCAUAAUGAUUGCAGAAAAAGCAGCAGAUAUGAUCAAAAAUAUCGAUAGUGUGAAAUAUAUUCGAGAGAAAACUGGAAAAUUAUGAUAAUGGUCAAUUGUACUAAAUAAUGAUACUGGGAAAUUCUGAAGUGAAAGAUGAUGAAUGUGACCAGGGACAUCAAUGACAACAAAGAAAGACUACUGCAUCGUGCAAUCGAUAUUGUCCUUUGAGAUCGGCUGCUUCCUAACAGGAAAUGACAUCAUUCGACCACCAUAUACAUUUACAAGUCUACAAUUUUAAAGAGUUUUGAAACUGUACAGAACGCUGGUGAUUGCUUACAGAGCAAAAGGAAUGGAUACAUUUUCCAGGAAAACUUUUCAGAUGUUUGCAAUCAUUAACGUUUUGUGUGGAAAUUUAAAACCUUAUUCAUUCACAAUUUUCCCUUUUUUUGAUAUUGGGAAUUCCGUUGAGGUCACUCAAACAUAAUAUACAGUUACAAGUUUAAAGAAGUUGAAAUUUUACAGAACGCUGGAGAUUGUUUACAAUGCUUUCACUAGUUUUGGUGGUUUAUUUGCAGUUCACAGUAGUGUACACAUUGCCUUUCAAAAUGAAAACUGAUGCUAAAAGAUAAAAAUUAUGCCAAUUAUACACAUUACUCUAUGAAUCAAUCGUGUUAUCACCCAAUAAUACAUACGACACAGACAUGCAUUCUUUAGUUAUAUAUCUUUGCAAUGUAUGAUACUGAUUUAAGUAAAUAAAAAUAGAUUUUA